AUGUCCACCGGCUCGCAAAAUCUGUACGAAUACUAUGUACCAUCCAAUGUCGCAGCGAUUGUCGUCGCUGUCAUCUUUCUCAUCCUUAUUCUGUUACAUGCUUGGAAGGUCAUUUCGACUAGGCAGUGGUACACAGUGACAGCUAUUGUCGGAGGGAUUUUCGAGAUGAUAGGCCUCGCCGCUCGAGCCUGGUCUCACAACAAUCUAUCUGCGAAGGCUCCAUACAUCAUACAGAUUAUACUGAUCCUUCUUGCGCCCGUUAUCUUCUCUGCCGUCAUUUAUAUGUUUCUUGGUCGUCUGAUACGUGCUUCGCAACACCAGAACCUUUCCCUUAUUCGGAUCAACGUUAUGACAAAGCUGUUUGUCUGUGGCGACAUCCUAUGCUUCUUCAUCCAGGCUAGUGGUGCUGGGAAACUUGUAAACGCCAAAACAGCGGAUGAAAUAUCAACAGCACAGAAUACAGUUCUUGCCGGACUCAUUCUACAGAUUGUAUUCUUCUGUGUCUUCAUUUCCUGUGCUAUCGUGUUCAAUAAACGAGUCUUGCAAGUCCAUAUUGCGAGAACGGUGGACCCAAAACUGCGACUCCAGCCGAUGCUUGUCUCUCUCUAUCUCUGCAGUGUUCUCAUAAUUGUUCGAAACGUUUACCGCGUCGUGGAGUACAAGACUGGGGAAAGCGGAUACCUUCAGUCGCAUGAAUGGCCAACAUAUGCCUUGGAUGUUGUGCUUAUGGCUGUACUGAUGACGGUCUCCUUAUCUUGGUAUCUUGCCAACAUCAAGCCUCCGUCAUUGGCUUCUUACCCCCUGUAUUCCAGAGAUGGUAGCAGCUAA